AGAAUGGCUACUCUGAUCUUUGUUGAUAAGGAGAAUGGAGAACCAGGCACGCGUGUGGCCCCUAAGGAUGGUCUGAAUCUGGGAUCUGGGUCUUCCGUCAAAGCCUUAGAUGGGAGAUCUCAGGUUUUAACAUCACAUGUUGGUAAAAUAUUUGAUGCUCCAUCUGCCCUACCUAAACCUGCCAGAAAGGCUUUGGGAACUGUCAACAGAGCUACAGAAAACUCAGUAAAGACUAAUGGACCCCUUAAAGCAAAGUUGCCAACUUUCUCUGCCAAGAAGGUAACUGAGAAGACUGGUAAAGCAAAAAGCUCUGUUCCCGUGGUGGAUGACACCUAUCCAGAAAUAGAAAAAUUCUUUCCCUUCAAUCCUCUAGAUUUUGAGAGCUUUGACCUACCUGAAGAGCACCAGAUUGCACACCUCCCCUUGAAUGGAGUGCCUCUCAUGAUCCUCGAUGAGGAGAGGGAACUUGGAAAGCUCUUAGACAUGGGUCCCCCCUCACCUGUGAAGAUGCCCUUGCUGACAUGGGAGUCUGGUCUCUUGGAGUCUCCUUCAAGUAUUCUGUCAGCCUUGGAUGUUGAACUGCCACCUGCUUGCUAUGACUUCGAUAUUUAAGCUUCUUAGUGCUUUAUAGUUUGUCUGUAUUU